GGAGAGGAGCCUUCUGUUAGUCACUACAGUGCUACGGGAGUCCGUGUACCCGCAGCUCUUCUAAGAGAUGCGGACGGACGGCUCCGAUUACCGGUACAAAAGCCAGAAACCGCUACAAACGGUAGAGGGUUUUUUAGCCCGUACAGACCUUUAAAAACCGGUACUGUACCGGCUAAAUCGGUACAGUUGGAGGCUAUGCAUGCGCAGCAGCUGUCUCUUAUUUUACACUGACAGAGCCGGAUGCUGGCUGAUUGUACACUAGGGGGAGCUCAUCUCAGGAAGUGGGAGAGCUGGUCAGAUGAGGCUCCAGUCCACAGACUCUGCUGCAGCAGCAAACAGCAUCGCCGUGGUUACCAGCCAGGGACCCGUUGUGUCACUUCCGCAGGAAGUGACAUACCCGGAAGUGAGGGAGGCGGAGCCAGGUAUGCUGGGACUGCGGUGAUGUGCAGUGGGAAGUCUCCUUGGAUGAUGGUAAAAUUUGAUGAUGUGGCAGUCUAUUUCUCCAAAGAAGAGUGGAGAUAUUUAAACAAAGGGCAGAAGAAAUUGUACAAAUACGUGAUGAUGGAAAAUUAUCAGAUGCUCUGCUCAGUUGGCGGGGUAAAUAUUAAACCAAAGCUGAUAUCUGCUCUGCAGAGAGGAAAGGAGUUGUGGUAUUUCCAGGGUGAUCACAAAGGAGGAAAACAAAAUACUUAUAUAAAUACAUGUACAGGAUCUUCAAAGAUUAUAAAUUCCAGAAACCCAAAUGAAAUGUGCUCUGCAGAAUAUAGAGUGGAAGGCUCAUAUUCACAUAGAGAACAAGUGUCAAACAAAGCAUUCAAAGUAAAGAAGGAAGAAAACCAUGCAAUACUACAGAGAAUUAUAUAUAGGAGGUAUAUGAACAGUGCAUGUGUAUGUUUGUAAUCUCAUUAUCUUACUCAUUAGUUGUGGUGGUGGUGGUUGUUGUUGUUGUUGUUGUUGUUAUUAUUAUGCAACUGCUAUGCUCCGCUAUAAAAUGUGUUGUUUAUGUCA